CACACUGGAGGCGCCAUUACAUUAAAACCUGCGCUCUGUACCGAAGAGCACAAUUUGGCAGCAUUAUCAGGCAAAGAGGUCGUAUUUCGGUGAGUCAUAAAAAAAAUUACGAAAUGGCGGAGAAAGUCGCACUUUUUGAAAAUUUCCUGAGCUGCCAUGUGUGUUCAGAGACUUUCAGAGAUCCUGUGUCUCUGAGCUGCGGCCACAGCUUCUGUUCAAGCUGCCUGCAGAAAUUCUGGGAACAAACUACAAACAAAAACUGUCCCAUUUGUAAAAGAAAAUCUUCAAGAGAUGAACCAUCUAUGAUCUUUGCUCUCAAAGAACUUGCUGACUCCUUUGCUAAGAGGCAGAGUGAGAGCUCACCUGAGACAGAAAACGAGAAGGAGGAAGAGAAGGAGGAGGUGGUGUGUGAUAAACAUCCAGACGUCCCUUACUGGUACUGUGAGGAUGAAGACAGAGCUGUGUGUCCUGUGUGUGAGUUUUCUCUCCACCAGAGUCACAAAGUGGUUCCUGUAGAAGAAGCAGUCAGUGACCUGAAGGAGCAGCUGAAAUCUGAUUUAAAGUCUCUGCAGGACAAGAGGAACAAAUACAAACAAGUGGAGGAAACAUACAAUGAAGUGAGGGAACACAUGAAGAAGCAGCUGUUGUCCACAGAGAGGCAGAUCAGAGCAGAGUUCAACAAGCUCCAGCAGUUCCUGAAAGAGGAAGAGGAGUCCAGACUGGCAGCUCUGAGGGAGGAAUAG